AUGACAACUCAGUCAUCAGGAGGAGUGACUGAACAAAGGAGCCUCUUGGGGGUUAUUUCAUUGGCUUUCGUUGGAAUUCAAAUUAUUCUCCUGGCACGAGGACUAUACCAGAUCCGAAAGCUGCGAGCACUUGAACGACUGUAUGGCUGCGAGAAGCUCUGUGACGAAAGCGAUAAUUUUCGAUACGACGUCUUCGGCAUUGUGAAAGCAAUAAAAUUGGCUUCUCAUUUUCAUCGACGAACAUCACUUCUGUAUACAAAUUCUCUGUUCCAGAGAUAUGGCGAGACGUAUGCAUCCAAUGUUCUCGGCCACCGAUUGAUUUUCACCUGCAGUGCAGAAAACAUCAAGCAUAUGUUGUCCACAGCAUUUGUCGAUUUUGAUAGUUCUCCCCUGCGCAGACCCCUGUUUGAGCCAAUCACUCCACAUGGCAUCUUUACUCUCGACGGUGCAGACUGGAAGAGAAGUCGGGGCCAGUUGCGGAAUCGGCUGUCUAACCUCCGCAAUAUCAUUGACCUGGACUUAUGUGAGCAGCACUUUCAGGCCUUUCUUCAACAUGUCCCUCAGAAUGGCCAGGUCUUUGACGUUCAACGUUGCACUGCUGCUCUCGCUUUGGAUAUGCAGACGCGAUUCGCUCUCAGAGAGUCUACUGAUGCCCUUAGCUUUACUCAAUCCCAAGAAAAGAAGCAGUUCGUAGAAGAUCUUGAUCUUGUCAAAGAAAGGAUUGUGCGGGAUGGUUUCCGUGGUCCCCUUCGGCAUUUGGUGCCCAAGCGAGCAUUUUAUCAGGCGUGUUGGAGAGCACGGAAAUUUGUAACGGCUCGUGCCAGGCGGGAAGUUGAAAGACGAAGCAGCAAAGUUGAAAGGACCAAAGAUGGGCAUCUUGGCACUGGUUUCGACAAAUCUGAAGAAAUUUCGCAGUUCGUUGACCAGGCAAUGACUAUUCUACUUGCAAAUGAUAGUAUGAGCACCACUCUCUCGGGUCUUUUCUAUUGCUUAGCCCAGGAUGAACGAAUCGUCCAAAAGCUCCGGGCAAGCAUCAUUGACACUAUUGGACUUACGCCACCAACAUGGGGUCAGCUUGGAACGUUGCAUUAUGUUCGCUGGGUACUUCAAGAGGGUGAGGAAAGCCCAAUCAACCGUUUAGCAAAGCAUGCACUGACCUAUAGCUUGCAAAGCAUUGAGGGUUUUCCCUGCCGCUGUGCUUAA